AUGGGGGAGGCGGGAUUGCGACGCCGGAGGCUUUGAGGACGUGGCUUAGACCUGUUUUCCCCCCUUCCCUUUGAUCGCAAGUUUUUUUCCUUUCUUUUGGGGAGGGGGCGGUGCUGCAAGUUGGUCGGAGUUUCGUACCGGAAGAGAAGGAAGACGAGGAGGGCCGCGUCUGCGAGCGGCGGCGGAGCGUCAUGGCGUAUCACCCUGGUUAUGGGGGGCCAGGCUCCAAACACCGGGCGAGGAUCCCUCCCGUCCCCCAAAACACCAACGCUCCGCAGCUGUUCGAUGACACCAGCUCGGGUUACGGUCCACAGCAGGCGGGUUACGCCGGCGAAGGGAUCAACAUGGGCUUCAACCAGAUCUUCACAGAGCCCGUGGCCAACGUGGCGAUGGCCUACGGCACCACCAUCGCCUCUCAGGGCAAGGAUAUUGUCCACAAGGAGAUUCACACAUCUAUGAACAAGCUGAAAUAUUUCUUCGCCGUGGAUACCACAUACGUGAUGAAGAAACUCGCUUUGCUGGUGUUUCCUUAUGUCCACCAGAACUGGGAGGUCCGCUACCACAGAGAUAUACCCCUUACACCCCGACAGGAUGUCAACGCGCCUGACCUCUAUAUUCCCAGUAUGGCCUUCAUUACUUAUAUUCUGCUUGCUGGGAUGGCACUUGGUUUACAGAAAAGGUUCUCCCCGGAAGUCCUUGGCAUGUGUGCCAGUACCGCCUUCGUGUGGGUGGUGAUUGAGGUUCUCGCCCUCUUGCUGGGCCUGUACCUCGUGACCGUGCAGAGCGACCUGGGCACAUUCGACUUGUUGGCCUACUGCGGAUACAAAUAUGUAGGGAUGAUCCUGGUCGUGGUGGGUGGCUUGAUCUUCGGCAGCAAUGGGUAUUUUGUCACCCUGGCCUGGGCCUCCUGUGCUCUUAUGUAUUUCAUGGUUCGCUCCUUGCGGAUGAAGAUCCUCCCGUCCAUGGUGCACGAGGGGCUGAGCCGGCCGAGCGGGCGGGCACAGAUGUACAUCACCCUGGCGGCGGCUGCCUUCCAGCCUCUCAUCCUCUACUGGCUGACGGUGCAGCUGGUGCACUGAAACCGGCGGCCGGGGGAGCGGAUGGCUCUGAAGCCUCGGGGAGCCCUCUUCCCGCUCUCGUUCUCCCACCCAGCCCAAGUCCGCUUCCCAAUCCCGCUGGAGGACAGACAGGUGGGACGAGGCUGAGGGAAGAGGUCUCCGCGCGUCCCCUCGGCUCUCGUGCUGGAGCAGCGGUGGGCCCCAGCUCUGCCUCUUCCGUUUCCACAGCCAAGCGCCCACCGCUCCUUGCUCUGAGAGCGCACGCGGCCGGCAGAGGGAAUCGGGUUUCCCUGGACACGCCUUCGCUCACAGGAGCAUUUCUGCUAUGCAAAGAAUCCGCGCAAGACGACGCGUGUGUCUCCUGCCUUCUGGAGCAAUGCGCCCCUUUCCUCCAUUUUGUACCCUGGCUGCUGCUCUUUCGCGAGCGGUCGGUGGCCUGAGGCCCUCCCUGUGGUGCGGGCUACAAGUCCCAUAACUGACUGUUGGCCAUGGUGGCUGGGGCUUAUGGGAGCUGUUGUCCCUCACGCCUGGAAGAGGCGAGGUGAUCGACCGCUGAUUUAUGCGGGGUUCCUACUGGUCCCUUACCUGUAGGGUGUUGCCCCCACCUGAACACCAGCAGCUGAGACCUAUAAAGACCCCCACUGAGGCCCCACUGACGGGUCUGGCCUCUGUCUGAAGCAACUUCACCCCAUCAGAGAAAGUACAUAAGAAUUGUACAGCUUCUGACUUUCUUCCUCUCUCUCUCUUUCAUGCUCACACAGCUCCAUGUGUUUUUUUAUCCUAUCUACACUGAACUUUACAGUGUCUUGUGUGUGUGUUUUUUUAAAGGCUUUAUCACAGCAUCCAGGCUAGCAAAAGGGUGGGUGGAUAGAUGCAAAAGAAAACACACAACUUGACGCAACGUGCAAGACAGAAUAAUGUUGGGGCGAAGGAAGUGGGUUUUGUUCGUUUGUUUUUUACUUUUCCUGCCUGUUCUGGGGAGGUUUCGUUCUUGGACGCAGUGAUAAGAUGGUACCGCCACCCAAAAACAAACAAACAGACUUGUGCUUUGGAA